CAAUCACCACCGCGCGCUGUGAUUAACGGGAGUAUCCGAUUGAUCGAUUUACAUUCACUUGACUUUGAUUGGAACGCUGCUCAUGAAAACGCGUUUUUAAACACACGGUACAUACACGGCGUUGUUCGGUGGACGGUUAGUGACAGAGGCAGACAUUUGCUGUUUUUUUUACUGUGGUGGGGAAUGGAUAAACACUGUAUGUGGUGUUGUUAAGUUGCCCUGGUUUGCAGCUUUGUUGUAGGUUAAAUAUGCGUCAUAGACGAAUGUCAUUAGCAAUAUACACCACUGCUAAUGCCCAAACUAAAUGUGAUGGAUUCAUUGUGAGGAAUAAAUAAAAGGAGCUUGUCAAAGAUCAGCAUGGAGUGGCCGGCUGACUUUCCAGAUGAUCAUGCCUUUGUGGAGCUGCUGCUUCCAGGUGUUUCCAGUGACCUGGACUUUGAACAGUUCCUAAAAGACACGGAGGAGAAACUCAAUCUAAAUGCCAACAGCAUUGAGCAGCAGCUGAAGGAGAUCCAGGCCAAAAUGGGAGACUCCCGGGCAGGGGAGCGUCCGCCGAGUCCCUCAGAGUGCCUCCAGUGGUUAAGCCCGAGAAUGCACAGCAGUGGCAGACCUGCAGCCGCAGGACAACAGGAGUUCCUGGACUUCCUCAGAGCUUUGCAACAGUACCUGAGAUCGGAGGAAGACGGGAAAGAGGAAGCCACACUUCAGCUGCUGCUGAAUCUUUCUGCCCAGUGUGGCGCUGGCUUUCCUUGCACCCCUUCUUCCUCUUCUUCCUCUUCUUCCUCCCUUCAUCCUCAAGUGAACUCACCCUCCAUCAACCUGGUUCAUACAGUCAGCGAUAAAACCUCAGAAGAGAUCCAGGAAGUGUGGGAGGACGUGCGUCUCCAGUUACGCCGCCACCUCCUGGACCGACUGUCUUCUCACAGCCCAGCUCAUCAGGGCCCCGCACAACUUCCUAUUCUCUCCGUCCCUGAGCGUGUCCGCUGUCUGCAGCAGCUCUUCUUUCUUUACCCCGAGUCGGAGGUUCUCACACAUUACCAGGGCCUAAGAAGCCAAUCUGUGCAGGCUAUUCUGCACUCGACGCUGAGCUCCAGCCAAGGCGGUGAGACUGGAUUUGAGAGACUUGUUCUGGGUUUCUGUUCCCUGAUCCCCGAUCUGACUCAGCGGCUCACAGAGGAGCUGCACGUCCUGUGUGGACUCGCAGAACCACACACCGUCCUCGCUUUCCUUAAUGCGGCUUACUUCAGGACCGUGGCCCAGGAACUGUCCUCCCUGGUGGAUCAGGCGUGUGAAAUGGCCCUGAGGGACAACACCACGCUCGGUGGCAAGAUUAAAAAAUAUUCAGCCAGGUCACGGGCAACUGUGGCACCGCUGGAGCUUCCCAUGAAAAACAGGAGCUUUAGUCUGACCUCCCACCAGUUGAGGGCGCUAACCCAGCUGGCCGGCACUCUGUUGGGGUUUGAGAGCGAUGUUAAGGAGCUGGUCAGAAACAUGACCUUCACUGACUGUGCAGGAGACACCCCCUGUGUAAAAGGGAUUUCGAAGAAGAGUAGAGAGGAUGAAGACGUGAUAACAGAUGGCAAGAAAACCACGACAGAAACACCAGAGGCCCAGGUUCUGGAGUUCAGCUGGAGGUCAGCGUUUAAGGGUCUGGUCCCUCACAUGGAGCACUGUGUUAAAGUGCUGCUGGAUGAUGUUUGUGCCAAGAGUCUACAGCAUGAAGAGGCCCUUCACUCUGCAGGACACACCUCUGUCACCCUGUGUAGCACAAGCGGACACACCACCACCACCACCACCACCACCACCCCGACCAGUCUCAGAGAGGACUCCUUCCACAUGUACUCGGAGAGGGACACUCCCAAAAUGAUAGCCAAGUUCUGUGGAACAAUCGUGUCCGAGUUGGAAGCCUUGCUUCCCCUGGCAGCGGCCUGCGGGGAGAGCUUUCUCCUGGAGGUGCGGUCGAGCUUUUUGGAGGCUUGUGGCAGGGCAGCGUUUGCCAUGUUGGGCCGUUUGCAGGAGAGGGCCCUGGCAGUGCCGUCCUGUGCGCCUGUGAAGAACCUGCCCGCUCUGCUCGCCACCUGCAUUUAUGUUCUCCAAAGACUGGAACACUACCAUGCCAGGCUGAAAGACUCCACUGCUACAGCCGCUAAAGUACCCUUGACUCUGCUGCCAAUACAGAAGUACCAAGAGAUGGUGGACGCCUUUAGAGAUCAGCUGAUCCGCUAUUGCAUCCAGGUCUGCUCCGCGUGCAUACUUCAGGAUGCAGAGAGUCACCACUGGGCUGAUCCUAAACCCUUUUAUGAGGGCGAGCGCUGCUCCUUCUCGGUGCAGAUGUGGUUCUAUUUCCUGUGUGGGCUUCGCAGCGACCUGUGGUCAGUCCUUCCAGCUGAUGUGGCCUCGGAGGUCCUUGGCCAGGUGCUGUCGGAGACUUUACAGCUGCUGGUGCAGAGAUAUGCCAGGGCCCGGCCAUCGUACAAGAGACAUCCGCAGAUCAGGGUUGACAUCACGGCGAUCCUGCUGUAUGUGGAGCAGCUCCUGUGGAGUUUGUGUGACAGUCCCGAGGCCUUGGUGCGCGCAAACCCUUCCGUAGCGUUCACCAUAAUCGCGGGUGGGUCAGAGUGGCCGUAUUACAUCCACGGCCUGUGUGAGCAACUCCUGACGGUCCUCGUCGUUGUCACGGCACCUCUGCCUUUGCUGUACAGGACAUUUAUGAUUAAUCCAGCGAAGGAGUCGGUGCCACUGCAGCCCGACUGCUCUGUUGUACACUGGUUAAACGCUGUCAACCCUGACCUCUUCACAGAGCAGGCCAUACGAAACGGCUUUGAGGGCAAGUCAGCCCUUGCAUGUCAGCUGAAACUGCUGACCUCUGACCCCGGAUGCAAUCCCAAGUUGCUCCUACGAAUGCUGCUGUACAGAGAUUGUCACCUGCUCCGAAUACUCCUGGAAAACUCUUAUUUUACCCAGGACAGUGCCUCAGAAGUAUCCGCAGAGAGUUGCCAAGGAGGAGACGACUUCAUCGUCGCACUCUUCCAACUUUUCAGUGGCUUGAGUCAUGUUCCCAAGGCCUUGAUUCAGGCCCUUCUGCCUUAUCUGGAGAGCACACGUGUUUGGGAGCAUCUCUACACACUGGCAGACACAACGAGGACGGCACCGGUGGUGAUAAGCUGUGUUCGGGCAAUCGUCACCAAAUCUACCCACGGCCUCCUGGCACAUCUGGUCUCCAUGGUGAUGGGUUGGCCAUCCGCAGAGGGGCUGAGUGGAGCCUUGGUCAAGCAGAAUCUACCAGGGAGUGUCCUGGCGAAAAUACCCAAGGAGUGGAACUACACACCAGCGCAGGAUUCAUGCGGAAAAGAGUCCGCCACUAAGACGGUCGUAUCCCUGCUUGUCCAAGCCAUGUCUUUCGUUUUCACCAACCUGCCCUUGGCUGUAGCGUCCGUGCCUCUUCCCGUUCGCUUCCUGCUCCAAGAGGCAGAGAAGCACCUCGCGCAGCAUUCCCGGCAGCUGCGCUUGGUGGGCCUUCCGCUCUGGGCCUUGCUCGGCUGCCUAAUCCAGAGCUUGGAGGAAGCAGACACACUGGAACGAAUCAGCGGGUUGACACUGGACCGUGGGGCAAAGGAUCGACUGUCUCUGCUGGCUGAGUGUCUCCAGGCUGCCAUGGGCAUUCAACAGAAGGGCGUCCCCAAAGCCACGGUGCUCAAAGUGCUGCAGGCUCUGGAGGAAAAAAGACCCAAAUGGACAAACAUGCAGCUGCAGAAGGCCCGCAAGCUCUGCGCAGACAGCGUCUUUGAGCGAGAUGGGGAGAGCGGAGUCGCUGCGGAUGAACUGACUGAGCAGAAAAUAGGCCUGAUGCUGCUGGAGCUCUGCCAUAAAGCAGGUGGCAGUGACUACCUGAGGCAGAUCUAUCACAUCAUCCAAGGCAAUGAGGAAGUGUUGCUGUCGAAGCUGAGUGGCGGCACAGACUCGACAAACCGUCCUCCGCACUGUGUGAACUUUCACCUCGUCUCUGACCCCGAUCCUGUCAAAUUCAACCCUCUUCACCAGUUUGACCACGUUGGCAGGAAAAAGUUGGAUCAGAGUGCCGUGGUGGACUGGGCAUGGGACUGGCCGAGGCUGCUGUCGGCCUAUGAGGGCACGAGUCAGGUCACCUUCAAAACUCUGCUCGCCAACAGGUGGGAGAUGCAGGAGGAUGCAGAGCUGGAAGACAGAGAGAAAGCGAUGGUGGGAGAACUUAAGAAAGCCUACUUUGUUUGCUGCUGCAGUCGGGGACCACGGGAUCCUCCUGAAGCUGAUGAGGCAGCAGCGGCGCAGACCCAGGGGGAAACACAAGCAUCUGAUAAAAGUCCUGCCCAAUAAAAAGUCCACGCAGUUGGAAUUUUUUAUCAGGUUGCAAAUAUUUCGCUUGUAACACGGACUGGAAUAUCUGUGACUAUGUGUGAGAAUCAGCCGAGUUUAUACGUAUAUACUCUGCACGUAUACAUUAAAAUGUGAGUGUGUGAGAUGAUGAGAAACAACAAAAAGAGAGUGAGGGAGACAGUCGUCAUGCACGUGCAUCACACACAAACUCCCUGUGCUUUCCAUCACAUGCAUUUCAUCUUUAUAGAAGCUCGCUCUCAGAAAAACCAGAUCUGGGAAAUGGAGAACCCCUGACUUGUUUGCCUGGAACAGGAUGUGACUGUGUGAUCGUUGUGGAAGUUUUUUCUUUCUUUUUUUUUGAGACAGUGAAUGUAAAGACAUUGGUGUCAGCAGUCUUCCUCCUGGUUCCUGGCAGCAAACAUCAAAAAUAACGGUCGGGGAAGCAAGAAUUAGUAAGUUCUGACUAUAGUGUGUCCCAAAAUCAGUCAGUAUUUUGUACAACCUGAGAAAACGUGCAUAUAUGACGUGUAGCGCCAACUCAACUGUGUCUGUAUUUUCUUAUUUAUGAGAUGGAGAUAUUAAUGCUUUAGAUUUUGAACAUGAAAAUAAAAUUACAGCCUUCCUUUUC